ACUGAGAGCUCUUAAAGCAGCUCGGACAAGCGAUCAGGGUAGAUGCCUUCCCGUUGAAACGGUUGACACGUAGCUUUAAGGGUUAUCGAUUGCUGGUAUCGGUUGUUCCUUGCUAUAAGAUUAGCGGGUUCUCCACAUCCGCAAAGCUUGGUAGCAUCUCAUCGGUAGGCCUGUUCAGCAAGUCGAAAGGCGGUAUACAAUGGCUAUGUUACGUCGUUCUACGUUUCGUUGCGUUGUACUCUCGGUCUUCCUGCUUUGCUGUUUCCUUCUCGCCUUAUCGCUGGACUCGACGCUCCUCGACCUCUCCGCCACCCAUCACGAGGACUACGUCGUCGUCGACAGCCCCGCAACACCUACCUCUCACUCCCUCGACAGACACACCCACCCAAUACCCUCUCUCCUUACCCAAGCUUCUGAAGGCUUCACCACCUACCUCUCCUCACAAUCCACCGAUCUCCCUUCCGCUGUCGCGGCGUAUCGCAAACGCUACAACCGCCCUCCUCCACCAGGUUUCGACGCCUGGUUCGCCUUCGCACAGUCCAAGAACAGCCAAAUCAUCGACGACUACGACCAGAUCAGCCGCGACCUCUCACCCUUCUGGGCACUCCCACCCUCCCUAAUCCGAGAACGUGCACGUCAAGCCAUACAAAGUAGGCACUGGAUCGGUGCUGUCCAAGUCAAGGAUGGAAAGUUGGUAGAGGAGAACAGAGGUGGUGGUGGGAUGAGGGAUCUGAUUUGGGAUGUGCUGCAGGGAGGAGGUGUGUUGCCAGAUAUGGAGAUUGCUGUGAAUGAGUUGGACGAGCCGAGGGUUGUUGUUGAGGGUGGGGAUAUGGAGAGGAUGGUGGAGGUUGUUCGUGCCAAUCAGAGGCAUGUAGUCAGCGACGACCAGUUGACGACGGAGUGGACGAGGAUGGAGUGGGCUGAUGGCGAGGGAGAGGUGAAGGAGGGGGAGGGGGAGGAGACGAAGGUGUUUGUGGACAUCGAUGGGCAGAACGCGAAGGAGGUCAUCCGUAUGGGCUGUCCCCCUUCCUCCCUUGCACGACGAGCUCAGUAUGAGUCUGCCAAGGACCCGAACUACGCCGCUCCCCACUCCACCUCCUUUGGAUCCUUCGUCACCAACACCACCCUCGCCAAAGACGUUUGCCACCAGCCCGACCUGGAAGCCCUCCACGGCUUCUUUCUCUCCCCCGCCUCUCUUUCCUUCACGCACGCUCUCACCCCGAUUUUCAGUGUCAGCAAACUUAACGUAUUCAAUGACAUUCUUUAUCCCGCUACAUGGUACGGAGACGGGCCUUCGGAGGGGGCUGGGAUGGAGGGUGAUAAGGCGUGGGAGGAAAAAGAGGGGAUGGUGUAUUGGAGGGGUUCGACCACUGGGGGUGAGUUGAGGAGGGAUAAUUGGAGGGGGAGUCAUCGGAUCAGGUUUGUCGAUUUGGUGAACAAUGGCGAGAAACAAAUUGUUCUGGUUGCUCCAGAAGAAAGAGAAGGGGAAGGGGAAGAGGAAUGGAGGCUGGAGGAGCGCGAUAUUAAAGAGAUGAACGAGAAAGUCAUGAAUGUCUCUUUCGUUUACCUUGCUCAAUGCGGAGAUGUCUGUGACGAAAUCCAACCCGCACUCGGCGAGAAAGCAGCAUCGCUCACGCCAGUACCCUUCCCUGAGAACUUCAUGAACAAAUAUCUCAUCGAUAUGGACGGGAACGCGUUCAGCGGACGUUGGUACCCCUUCCUCCGAUCCAACUCCGUGCCUGUGAAGAUUGGUGCAAUGUUUGUGGAAGCAUUGGAUUCAAGAAUCUGGGCUUGGAAACACUACUUGCCCGUCGACGGAAGAAUGGGUGACUUGUACUCGGCUCUAUCAUGGUUUAUGGGUGGAUUUGGCAGAGAUGAGGGACACGAUGAGGAAGCGAAGAGGAUUGCGGAGGAGGGGAGGGAGUGGGCGGCAAAGGCGUUGAGGUGGGUUGAUUUCGAGGUUUAUACGUACCGGCUGCUGUUGGAGUAUGCGAGGGUCGUUGAUGAUAACAGGGAUAAUUUGGGGUUUAAUCUUCAGGUUUUGGAUACCAUUAAUAUUGAGACAAGGACUUGAGAGGUCAAGGACGAUGUUUGUUAUGUUAGUGAAGGUCAAGGAUUAGCUGUCAAGGAACAUGUUUUUCGCAAGUACGAAUAAUAUUGUUAACGAUCCUACAAGAAAC